AUGCUAAGAGGGUUUUACGUAGACGAUUUAGCAACCGGUGAGAAGUCUACAGAAAGGGCGUAUUUGCUUUAUACGAAAGCUAGAGAGCGCUUGGCAGAGGGCGGAUUUAAUUUGCGUAAAUGGCGCACAAACAACAACGAAUUGCGGUUGCGCAUUGAAAGGGAAAACUCAGAGCAAAACGGUGCCAAGGGACUUGAGCCAACGUAUGCCAAAACAGCACUUGCGUGCCAAGGCGGAGAUCAAGUUGAUAAGGUAUUAGGGCUCGAGUGGGAUUGCGUGGGAGAUACAAUUAAGUUUAAUUUUGGCCAUUUGACCCAGAAAGCGCAAAGUUUAGAGCCUUCGAAGAGAAAUGUUUUGAGCCUUCUUGCUUGUAUAUUUGACCCCCUAGGACUUAUAAGCCCAACGGUUGCAAAGGCUAAGAUUUUAUUUCAAGAUAUUUGUGUCAGCGGGCUAGAUUGGGAUGAUGUAUUGAGUAGGAACUUGAGAGAAAAGUGGGAAAAGUGGUUAGCAGAUCUUAGGGAGACCGAGGAAGUGAUACUUGAGAGGUAUGGGGAAAAACGAGUGGGCGAUAGAGUUAGUACAGGAGGAGCCAAACAUUGGUUGCAUGGUUUUGGUGAUGCGUCAAAAAGAGCAUAUUGUGCCAUUGUAUAUCUUGUUACAAUUGAGAGCGGUAAAGCGUAUGUAAAGUUGAUCGCUAGCAAAACUCGAGUUGCGCCGCUAAAAGAAUUAACAAUACCACGUUUAGAAUUAAUGGCGGCCAGGAUUUUGGCGCAGUUGAUGCAUGCAGUAAAGAAUACCUUAGAAUCUGAGUAUAAGUUUGAGGGUAUUAGGUAUUGGACGGACAGUAAGACGACGCUGUGUUGGAUACGCAACACAGGAGAAUGGAAACAGUUUGUUAGACAUAGAGUUGACGAGGUCUUGAAAUUGACUAAUAAGCUUGAUUGGGGACAUUGCCCGGGAAAGGAAAAUCCCGCUGAUUUGGGGUCCAGAGGUGUUUUGGUCUCGGAAUUAAAAAAUAGCAAACUUUGGUGGCUAGGACCGGGAUGGUUGACAGGGUCACCAAGUGACUGGCCACAGUUGGGGGAUAUUCUACCCACACCAGAAAGUAAGCGAGAAGAGAAAAAAUUGAGUGUUAACUUGAUGAUAACUGUAGAUUCUCUGUACGGAAUUUCAAAUUUGAUUAAAGUAAAUAAGUUCAGUUCUCUUACUAGAUUAUUAAGAGUGACAGGUUGGUUGAAACGAUUUGUUGCGAAUUUGAAACGAAAGAAAGCAGGGGAGAGCAUAGUCAAUGGAACGUUGCAUGAGAGUGAGUUGAGAGAAGCUGAGGUAGAGUGGAUAAAGGUAGCACAAUUAGUUUUAAAAGACCAAACUAGUUAUAGCCAGUUAGAACGACAGUACGGGUUAAUAGAAAGAGAUGGCAUAUUGUAUUGUACCGGAAGAUUAGGCAAAUCCGAUUUAGACAUAGAAGCAAGAGAGCCAAUAGUUUUGCCAAAGGGUCAUAUAUUUACCAAGCUGGUUAUAAAAUGUUGUCAUGAUUAUGUUUUGCACAAUGGUGUAAGGUCUACUUUAGCACAGCUUAGGUCGAAAUAUUGGGUUCCUCAGGGAAGACAAGAGGUGAAACGAGUGUUAGCAACUUGUGUAAUAUGCAAGAAAUGGAAAUGCAAGCCAUGUACCAAACCGCGCCAGGCGGCGUUGCCAAGAUUUCGCGUUACAAAGUCUGCACCAUUUGCAAACUCAGGCGUUGAUUUCGCAGGGCCUUUAUUUGUUAAAGCUAAGUACGGCAAGAGUAUGAAUAAGGUUUAUAUAGCGCUAUUUACGUGCUGCGUGACGCGAGCUGUGCAUUUGGAGCUAGUUGAGAAUUUGAAAGCGCCAACAUUUUUGCGAUGUUUUAGGCGAUUUGUCGGCAGAAGAGGAACGCCAAAAAUUAUGGCUUCGGAUAACGCAAAAACGUUCAAGGCUAGCAAACGAAUUUUACGAGAUUUAUUUGAUAACGUCGAAGUAGAGGAUUGUUUGAGUAACAAGGGAAUAGACUGGAGAUUUAAUUUAGAAAGGGCCCCUUGGUGGGGAGGUUUUUUCGAAAGACUGGUCGGGGUCGUUAAAACGUGCUUGAGGAAAGUGAUUGGGAGCGCGAAACUUACGUUCGAUGAAUUAAGAACGAUAUUAGUAGAAGUAGAAGCGACAGUAAAUGACAGACCUUUAACCUAG